AUGACUAGACGUGCGCGGGAAGAUGGCCUUCAUGCUCUGGAGCUACCCUCCUGCUCCUUCAAAGAAUGGCUCAAGGACGUCGACGAGCACUGCUUUGAGAGCGAUGUAGCCUUCCAAAAAUAUCUCAUUCACCGUCGUGUUCUCGACGAAAACGGUGCGAAUGUUUCCUUGUCACUGAGGGCAAUCGGCAUCUUCUUGAAGUACGGGGCUGCUCUACAGAUAAAGAGAUGCACUAAAUGUGGUAAGCCCGCUCGCUUCGAGCAGCGAACCUCGAGGGGAUGGACGACUUUUGGAUGGACAUGCAGUGCUGUUGGGCACAAGCACAUGGAACUACAACUCAACCAGUACGGCUUCCUCACUGAAAUACCGGUGAAUAGCUGGUUCCCGUUUCUCCAUCUCAUCAACAUGUUGCGUCUUUCUAUGAACUGGUCCACCAUCAUCCAGGAGUUGCAGGCGGGCUAUGGCAACAUCGCCAAAAAGACGAUUGCGAAAUGGCGUGACGUCUUCCAGAGGGCUAUCGGUGCUGCUCUGGACAAAAUGGACUGCAGGGUCGUCGGUGGCAAGAAGGAGACGGUCGUCAUGGACGAAGCCAUCGUCGGAGUCCAUCCUGAAGAUGGUUGGUCAGUUGGUUCGAGGGGGAUCAACAAAGCUGGUGCAGAGCAGACUAGGACAACGGCGCGCCUGGAACGGAAAAAACUGGUUUCCAAGGGUGCCAUGAAAAGGCUGCCAGCUCGAACACUUCAUGGGUCAGAGAAGGCUUCACGCACCGGGCCACAGCUCCUGAAGAAGCCGGCUUCAACACACAUGAAGCGGCCAUGUGGUGUGAUGAAAACGAUCCUGAAGAAGCCUGCUGCCGUUCGACCACCAGCCAAACGACUCAAGAAGACUGCCGCAAACCUCAAGACAAACGGUGCCUGGCUAUGGCUUGCUGUCGCUGUGGGCAAGAACAAGGAGAUCUACACCCAUGACAACGGCAAGAAACGCAUCACUUAUCGUCUUCUGCCUUCUCGCAAGAAAGCCAUAAAGAACAAACCUCGCGGCUUUGAAGAAAUCCAAAACACGGUUGAAAAGCACGUCGCGAAAGGCUCGUACUUGGUGUUUGACGGUUGGACUGCUACCAAAAAGGCUGUGGAAGCACUAGGCUAUGAUUACGCACCUCCUGUGAAACAUGAAAAGUGUUUUCGUGAUCCUGCUACGGGGUUCCACACGAAUGAUGCAGAGUCUGAAAACGGCAGGCUCAAAAAGUGGUCAAGGCGCCGCUAUGGAAAGCUUUCUUUGGACAUACUCGAAAUGGAUGAGUAUGUCUUUUAUGUCACUGACUGGCACGAGCCAACGGGGUCAUUUGCAGGAACGACCUGCUUGAAAUCUAGUAGGGGCACGUCGAAGCUUGAAAUCAGAUGGGGAAAGCGCUGUGCCUACAUUGGCUUGGUUGUCUACGAGCAUCUGGGUAUGGGGCAUGACUAG